AUGGCCGUGGAAGACGACAAGAUGAAUGGCGUGUUUAGCCAAGAAGACCACCAGGUUGCCUACAUCUUCAACCCUGUGGACAGCGUAGCGGCGGCGCGGCCCUCAAAGCGGCGGCGCGUCUCCAAGAAGGGCACGAAAGGCACGAAAGGCACGAAAGGCAAAGAAUUGAGUGGCGACGGCUCCUCUUUGGCUGACCUUGGUUCUUCCCUCUUCGUACCACUACUCAACGGCGCCGAGGGUGCCGCGUGCGUACAGGAGAGGUACCGCCUGUACGAGGAAAGCUGGACCAAAGUGAACAAUCGGAUACAGGCUGACGGUGCUCAGCGCAUCUUACGAGACUCGAAUUCGGCCACGCUGGAGCAGGUGUCAUCCUUUGUGAGAGAGGCAAAAGCUGAAUGCCUUGAUAAAAUCCCCACGGCAUUUAUUGUGACGGGGACAAACAUUGCGUCCCAAGAUCUGCUGUUCGAACAGCUGUCUGAAACGCUGCAGUCGGGCUCCAGCCGCUUCAUCGGGCUGCGGUCGACUGAGGCUGGGUCACUGAAGGCGGUACUCAAGCGCAUCAUUCGCAUCGCGGCAUCUAAGGCCACCGAAGAUGAUGAAGACCAUGAGGUAGAAGAAAAGGAGACAAAUGGCCAACGAUACCUCGACUACGACUUGGAGGCGCUGCAUACAUACGUCCAAACACACAAUUGCGACCAGAUAUUUGUAGCAUUUCAGGAUAGCGAAGGUUUUGAUAGCAGCCUGCUGUCAGACCUGAUCCCCCUUCUAAGCUCUUGGCGUCCGCGCAUACCAUUUACGCUUCUCUUUGGGGUUGCCACGUCAGUGGAACUGCUCCAAGCCCGAUUGCUGAAAUCGGCCUGUCGUCAGAUUUACGGAGGCCAAUUUGACGAUGUGCAGGCGGAUACCAUCCUAGAGUCCGUCUUCAAGGGCGCGGUGGCUGCGAGCGACGUGCCACUGCGGCUAGGGGCGCCCUUGCUGCGCUGGAUGCUGGAUCGCCAACGCGACCAGGUGGCUGGCAUCCAGUCUUUCUAUGCAUACCUGUGCCACUACUUUGCCAACCCGUUGAGUGUGCUGGUAGGAGACGGCGAGUUGAUCCAGGCAGAACACCUGGAGGCCAUUCGCAACACACCCUCUUUCCGUAAACAUGUGGAGGCGGCCAUUGAAUCUGGCACGCAGGAGAAGCUGCAUUACGCCCGAUUGCUGCUAGAAGACGACACCACUCUUAGGGUACGAGUGCAGAGCAGCAUUUUAGAGCGUGGGGCGUGGAUGGAUGAGCGAUUACGGAGCCUGCUCAUGCUGGAGGCUGCGGGUGCGCAACACGGCUCGUUCUCGCGAGCGUACGUAGAGGCCAUGGGCGAGGGUGUGGCCAUGUCGGAGCACUCGAGCAUGGUGGCGAGCCUGCGGCGCAUGGGCAUGCACGAGCUGGGGGUAGCGAUGGAGCGAUUUAUCUCGCUACUGCGCGAGGGCGAGCCGAGCCUGGGACUAGGCCCGUACUGCCAGGAGCGGGAGGCAGGCAGCAGCAGCGAGGGGACGCAGAGUCAGCUGGAGACGCAGCUGGAGACGCAGCUGGCGGCGCUGCGGGCCCUGGCGAGACGCGCCGACGCAGAGGGCGUCAGCGUGCGCAGCCGUUACAGCGGGCAGAGCAAGGUGGUGCGGACUACGGUGGUUGCGCAGCGGGUGCAGCUGAGCCACCACUCGGCGACGCUCGGCGACGAGGACCGGCGGUUCACAGAGAUUGUGGACGCGGUGACGACCGCCCUGGCGGCGCGCGGCGACGAGACGACGCCGGGCGGGCUGUUCCUGUCGGAGAGCUGGUUGUACGAGGCGCGGGCGCCGUCGAGGGACGUGUUUGUGCCGCGGACGCGGGCCGUCUUUGAGCGCAGCCUGAUGCGUCCGUACGACUACCUGGCAUGCGACUGCUGCGCCGGCGAUAACGACGGCGAGGGCCUGCGCGCGACGUUGCCGGCGCCGGCGAUCCUGUACCAGAUGUACCUGGAGACGGGCAACCUCAUCAACGUGGCGGACCUGUGGUCCUCAUUCUACGCGGUGGUGAGCGGACGGCGAGGGCAGCCAGGGGAGGAGCCGGCCGACGACGACGGCACGGAAGAGGAUGGUGCCGACGGGGACGAGAGGAGGCAGCGGGAAGCCCUGGUCAUGUUCUACAGAGGCCUCGCGGAGCUGCGUGCCCUGGGGUACGUCAAGAGCAGCAAGAAGAAGACGGACCACAUCACCAAGGUCAAGUGGCUGUAA